UUAGCGGAGUAAACAAAAGCGCCUACGCUUGUUAAACACGCUUACGCUUGUUAAAUACAAAAUCCUCGUAUUUACGUACUCUAUAUCACUAUGGGUUGUACGAACACGAAGAAUCAGGUUCACCCGGUGAACAUUAAUGCGGUGCCGCAAUACAGGGAGUCAUGGUAUGAUCGGAAGGUGAGGAAACGGGCCAGAAAGCUCAAUGCCAGCUUGAGGAAGUGCUUCGGACGACAGUCCAAGGUUGCGGGCUCUGAUGAACCCAGUGUGCCGGCAGCAGAAAAGAACGAGGACGCACUGUCAGACACCGUCAGCGUUUCUGACUCUGAGAUCUCAGACGUCUCUACGCUUUGGCUGUCAGAUACUGGUAGUUGCUCGUCGACGUCAUCUUUUGUGCCCCCCGUUGUGUCCGUCACGGAUCUCCCUGCUUCCCCGCCCCAAUUCAAGAUCGACCCGGUUCCACGGGAUGGGAACUGCCUUUUUGAGGCAGCCGCCAGACAACUCGGUAGAGGAGACCCCAGCAUCGCCAUCACCGCACAGCAGCUUCGCGAAGAUCUUGUGCGGUACAUCAGGGCUCACUCUGAGAAGUUUGCCAUAGCUGCAGCUGUCCCGGGCGGUUUCUGGGCGUUUAUACGGGAGCUGAACAACUUAUCCCGGCAGGGCCACUGGUGCUCCGACGUGGCAGACAUCCUGCCAAUCGCUUUGGCUGACUACACCUCGAGAAUAGUCGUCCUGAUCACCGGGAAUCCGGACAUGCCGUACAUCUUCCUGCCGCCAGAGGGCGAGGAGUCAGGCACUCCCCUGUACUUGGCGUACUACAAUAACCCUGGGGGCCAGCAUUACGAUGCCGUCAAGUUAGUGGAAGGCUGAGGGACUGGAUCGGCCUCGGGGUGGGGGGUGGGGGAGCCGGGGUACUGGCCGGGCCGAUUCGUAGCGGGAGGAAAGGGAGUGAAGACGGUCUGAACCGGAGGGAAAGAAAGUACUCAUCAUGGGAUCCGGAGAGU